AUGAAGAGGAAGCUUGACCAGAUGGUGGGUUUACAACAGAUGCUGAAAGUGGAUUCUCUGUGUGAUGAUGUGGUUGCAGGCCUUUAUGAAGGCGGGGUUUGGAAAAUCCGUGUUGAGCUUCCAGAUGCUUAUCCAUAUAAAUCUCCAUCUAUUGGCUUCAUGAACAAGAUUUUCCACCCGAAUGUUGAUGAGCUAUCUGGUUCUGUCUGCUUAGAUGUAAUUAACCAAUCAUGGAGUCCAAUGUUUGACCUUUUAAACGUUUUUGAAGUUUUCCUUCCACAACUGUUGCUUUAUCCAAAUCCUUCAGAUCCACUCAAUGGUGAUGCAGCAUCAUUGAUGAUGAAGGACCGAAAACUCUACAAUCAGAAGGUCAAAGAGUACUGUGAGCGAUAUGCAAAGAAGGAGCACAUUACCAAUACAACACCAGACGAGGAGAGCGAUGAGAACAUUAGCGACGAGGAAAGCAAUUCAAGCGACGAUGAUAUUGCUGGACAUGCAGACCCAUAGUGAACUGCAGGUGCAGAGGGGAAACAUUAUAAUCCCCCAUUACUCGCUUACGAUUUGAAUUAUGUUUACUACCUAAAUUUGUACGACCAGAUUAAAAUUUCUUGUAAAAAUUAUGAAUUUCGUCGAAUAAUCUGCUUCUGUUGUUGGUUACUGAACUAUUUUAAUGUUAUGAAGAAGCACAUUGAAUGAUGAACAUGUAGAAAUGAUCCAGACACAACUA